AUGGAGGAGAUUGUGGUUUUGAGUAGCGAUGAAGAAACGAUGAUGAACAGAGGAAAGUCAUCGGAAGUUGUUCGGUGGGAGAAGUAUUUACCGAAAACUGUGAUUAGGGUUUUGUUAGUCGAAUCUGAUGAUUCAACUCGACAAAUCAUCACUGCUCUUCUUCGUAAAUGUUGUUACAAAGUUGUAGCUGUUUCCGAUGGUUUAGCUGCGUGGGAGAAACUAAAAGAGAAGUCACAUAACAUUGAUCUUAUACUAACAGAGCUUGAUUUACCAUCUAUCUCUGGUUUUGCUUUACUUGCUUUGGUUAUGGAGCAUGAAGCUUGCAAGAACAUUCCUGUCAUAAUGAUGUCUUCUCAAGAUUCGAUAACAAUGGUGUUGAAGUGUAUGCUUAGAGGUGCUGCUGAUUAUCUCAUUAAACCCAUGAGGAAGAAUGAGUUGAAAAAUCUAUGGCAACAUGUGUGGAGAAGACUUAGUUUGCGUAAUGAUCCUACUGCUCAUGCUCAUAGCUUACCAGCUUCACCGCAUAACCUUGAAGAUACUGAUGAAACUAGUUCAGAUUCAAGAUAUCAUUCUGAUCAAGGAAGUGGUGCUCAGGCUAUCAGCUACAACGGUCACAAUAAGCUAGUGGCGGAUGUCAAACCGAUGGAUGUGACCAUGGAUUUGCUUGGUGGAAUUGACAAACAGCCUGAUAGUUUCUAUGGAGACAACACUCGUGACGAGCAUGUUGGUCCAGAGCUUGGACUUUCUCUGAAACGAUCUUACUCUGAAAGUUUUGAGAAUCAAGAUGAAAGCAAGCUUCAAAAGCUUAGUCUUUCCGAUGCAUCACCCUUCGCACGGUAUGAGAAUAGCAAGCCAGUAGAGAAAGCCGUCGAGGCGAGUAGUUCAGCUGAGCCAAAGACACCAAGUGAAUCGCACGAAAAGUUAAGAACAGUAAGAUCCGAUCUAGGAAGCGCCACAACGAGCAGUAACCAGGAGAAUAUCGGAUCAUCAAGCAUAAGCGGACAGAACCAAGUUCUUCAAUCCGCGGUUACAAAUCAGAAACAAAAUCCGCAAGAUUCUCCUUUACCAGUAGAAUCAAACCUUCUCAAAGCAAGCAAGGAGCUAGAAGCUGUUUCUCAAAGCAUAAGCAACACUAAUGAAGGGAUUACAGGACAAAGUAACAGCAGCACAGAGAAACCAAAGGAAGAAGAAAGUGUCAUCAAUGUACAACAACAACGUUGGAGUCAAAGAGAAGCUGCAUUGUUGAAGUUUCGAUUAAAGAAGAAAAAUCGAUGCUUUGAUAAAAAGGUUCGAUACCAGAGCAGGAAGAAGUUAGCAGAGCAACGUCCACGAGUGAAAGGCCAGUUCGUGCGUGCCGCGAAUUCAGAUGCGUCUACUAAAGCCUGA